AACGUGACGCAAUGGCCACAAUACGAGCGACUCGCUCGCAGAGAUAGUGCGUCGGCGUGAUCGGCGAGAUGACUUAUCGGCAGGUGAAAAAUUAAAUCCAAGCCUGUAAAUAUUAGGCAUCGUCCAAGAUUUAAAACUUUUGGAAGUGUUUGUUCCUAAAAAAUAACAACACCAUGGGAUUUUGUGGGUGUAGCCUUGCUGCAUCUACAGUGACUGCUGUAGUUUUGGGUCUGGUGGAGAGUAUAUUUGGACUUUCAUGGAACAUUCUAGUCAUUGUGUUAAUGUCCUACGACCCUUCGAACGAAACGAGUGUCGUGGAAAACGACAAUUCUACGGAGGAAUCUUUUUACCAUUCCGAAGACAAUGUCACAGAUCUGUGGACUACGCUCAGUGAUAACAUCAAAUCCAAAAAAGCAGUUGAGGAACAUAUGUUUGAAAUAGUCAUCGCAGCUUUAGUUCUCAAUGCUAUUUGGCUCAUUACAACAUUAGCUCUAGCUGUAGGCAAUGCUGAAAAAUGCCGAGACAUGCUGAAACCUUGGAUUGGAGUAACAAUUAUAGUAACAGUUACUGAUAUUGCUGCUACAAUAUUUUACAUAUUCAAAGCUGUUAAAGACGAUGAAAUAGAUGAUGUUGGUACAGCUUUUUUCACACACAUUCAUGUUUUUUACGCAUUCAUGUUUUCUAGGGGAGGACCCAUAUUAUGGAUCAUCAAUGUGGCUCUGUGUGUAUUUGUUGCACAGCGUGUCAAAGAAAUAGAGGUUGGAAAAAAUAAAAGGCUGCCAUUUGGAUCAGAUUUUCAUAUCAAUCCUUACUCUCUGAGUCCACCGUAUGAUGCAUUUGAAACUCAGUCGUCCAAUCACACAUCAAAAACUUUGAGACCGCACACUCCUCCUCCUGACUACGAAGGACCCAACGGGAAGAAAAGGAGGCCUUCCUUAUCAUCAGAGCCAGAGACAACAACUCUUCCCUUGAGCAGUGCUGGUAGUAAAGGCUCUCUGGCAAGGAGACCACUCAGUCAAAGCAGUUAUUUGUAUGAUGACAGAGUGGAACUACAACAUAGAGCCUCUUGUGCAGCAGAGACAGUUCUUCAUCAUGCCUAUGUCAACAAAGGACUCGUUAUGGAAUCGGAAGGGUGGAUGGGUAUUCCAAGACCAACUUUAAAAACCAACCAUUCAUAAAGUAUAUCCACCAUCUUUUUCACAAUACCAACAUUAUAGAAAUACAGAGAUUUAAGAAAUGAAGAACAUUUUAAAAGUAAGAAAGAUCUGUCGCAUGAAUCUGUGUGUUUCAAUUUGAAUAUGCCAAUGAACACAACAUAGAGGACAUCAAAUUUUACAGUUCUUUGAAUUUAUGAUCAUUUAUUGUGAAGUCUGACUAAAAGAGGAAAGUUGGACAUUUGUGAGUAAUACUUUGUUGUAAAAUAUAUGCCAAUGUGGAAGAAACUCUUGAUAAAUGAUGCCAAUAAUUAAGCAUCUGCGAGGAAAAAUAUUUAUUUAUACAUAACUUUGACAGUAUCAUGAAUUAACAUCCCUGGUAAAAUCAUGCCUCCGGAAACAACAUCCUUACUGAAGUCAACAACUUUUUUUUUCUUUAAAGAAAAACUAUUAGCUUUUUUUCAUUUGUAAAAAUUAGAAAGAAAAACAAUUGAAAAUAAAAAUACACAAAUAUAGUCGAACCUCGAUAAAACGAAAUCUGUGGGACCAUCAUAAUUAUUUCAUGUUAACCGAAUUUUGUCUUAUCCGAUAAUCGUUAAAACAACUUAAUCUGGUACUAAUUAUUAAUUAGGACAUUUACAUAAAAUCAAUGACACUGAUGCACUUUGGGAGCAAGUGCUUUAAUUGCCAAAUGCUUAUGGGGGGGAAAUAAGUUGUUUACAGAGUUAAUUUGCUUUCCUUGUAUAAUUUAAAAAAUCUUUUAUGUGUGUACAUAGAUUUGAUUAUGUUUGUGUUGAAUAUUUGUAAUAAAAAAAACUUAUUUA